AUGACGAGAUUAGAAGUGGGCAUUCCGCCUCUAAACAUCACUCUGCACGGCUGCGACAAGUACCCUUGCAGUUUCGCCAGAGGUUCAAAUAUUUCUGGAGGAAUGGACUUCAUGUACAACAUAAUUUUCAAACUUCAAGACAAGGAGCUGAGUAGGUUAACUCCUGAUGUGACUGUUUACUGGCUUGGCCUCCCCAUCGGUUGGCCCAUCCACCAAGACGACGGCUGCCAGAGCCUCAGCAUGAAUAGCUGCCCAAUCAAACCCAACACAAGGGCGCGCUACGAAUACUCACUUUAUCUCGACCGAUGGGUUCCCUUGGUCAGUCCAUACGUUUGGUUCAAAUUUAGGGACGCGAAAGGAGACAUCGCAAUUUGCUGCGAGGUGCCCAUCAAAGUUGUUGACAAUGAAAUUGAAGAGAGUUAA